GCUCCCCCUUGUCGUUCAGUUCAUAGCAAAACACCAUGAGUGUGUGCGGAUCAACACUCUUGGCACUGAGUCUAGUGCUCUCGCUGUUUGGCACCAGCUCAGCCCACUGGGAGGCACUCGCCGCCAGCUCCACCGCGGAAUGCUGCGAUACAUGCAUCGGCAAGACGUCGGACGCUGUUUACAGCUACGACCCCGUGGUGUUUGCCCAGUGCACUAACGUGACCGGCGGCGUGUGCUGCUUCGACUGUGGCAGCAUGGGCGACCCGUCGUACGGCGACACGAUCUCGUACGCAGACGACGGAGUGACGGCCGUUGUCAAGACGGGGACGUACAUUUCCUUCACGUGGAGUGGAGUUGAGAACGUCACAUACAUUUCCCUCAAGACCGGGCAAAAGAAGACCGUGACGCCUACGAUUUCCGACUCAAAGGCAACUGUCAAGUCGGACACUUUUCUCAUCUGUGCCAAGUCGGCAGGCACCAUUUACUUCCGCGGAUGGGGCAGUGACAGUUGCCGCGAGGCGUCUCAGGAACACUCGGUCACAGUCGAGGCCAGUGACUCAACCACCAACACUUGCAACGCCGACGACGUGGUGGUCCCCACGGUGUCCCCCGACUCGGGUUCCGUCGCUAACGACGACACCGUGGAGAGCUGCAACGCCCAGCGAGCGACUGUCCAGGUCGUGGACGGUACGCGGACGUGCGUCUGUGUGUCGGAUUGGGCCAAUCCGCCUGAAUGCGACCAGUGGCCCGUGUGGAAAUGGCUUGUCACGAUUGGAGGUGGUGUUGCCGCCUUGUUUUCCAUUAUCAUUUCCGUUCGUGCGUUCCUCGCUAGUCGUAAGAAGAAACAACAGGCGGAAUUUAAUGAGAAUCUGGCGCAGGGGGGCGCCAAGAGCGACGUCGAGACGCUCCAGGUGACGCCAGAGCACGGGUAUGCUGGAAACACCCAAGCCCCCUACAAAUACGACCCCGAGGUGGACCGCAACCCCGGAGGCGCACGGAAGGCCGACGACCGCGAAUUCACGCUGUGAGAGAUUCGUAAAAAAUAACGUUAGAGCGAUGAUGACUCGAGCGAAAACUAGUUAGCUUCCCCCUUCUCACCUUGGACGUGGCUCCUGCUCGGCUGACAUUGCUGCGAUGUCGAUGAGGUGGAAAGGAUACUGCUGUAGUGGCCGUGACAAAAACAGCAAGAGAGCCGGCCGAGGUGAUCGUAUGUGAAAUAUACCCCCGUUCCUUUUGA